CAUAAUAGGAGAGCAUGUUCUUCUGCAACAUAAACGAUGUCAUAUCAUUCAUCUCUUCAUAUCUCUUUCUUUUCUUUCUCUUCAAAACUUUCAUCCUUGGGUUCGAAGAAGAAAAAGGUUUUGACUUUGCUUCAUGACCUUCUGCUACUAAUGUCUCAUGAUCAUAUGUCUUCCUUUGUUCGAUAUCUCCAAGUUCUCUAUCAUACUUCAGUGCCUGCGAUUGAAAUUCCUUAAGUUGCAAUUCUAACCACUUACAUCGCCACAUAAGAGGACGAAUGAAUCUCCUCCAAUGUUCGGUUAACCGUUUCCUC